CCUAUUGCCAUUUCUUCUUCUUUCUCUCUCUCUCAAUCUCAAAUCCCAACAAUUUUUCCAAUUCCCCUUCAAUUGUUCAGCAUCAUCAAAACCCCAUUUCAAGAUAAUCCCAAGAUUUUCUCUAUUACUACAUAUCCCUUUUUUCCAUCUCAAAAAUUAAUUCAAAUCUUCCUCAAACAAGCUACUAGUCCUCUAUUUAUAAGCUACUUACAAACACCACAUGAGUACUUGUGUUCAUAACAAUCUGUCUUGUUUUUCAGGUUACUAAUUCUAUUCGUCGCGCUUAUUUUCUUUUUCAAAAAAAAACAUGGAGUUAUUCCCACCACAACCAGAUUUAUCCUUACAAAUUAGCCCUCCAAAUACUACUACUCAUCAUCAAGAAGAGAAUAAUAUAGAUUUAGGGUUUUGGAAAAGAGCUUUGGAAUCAAGAGAACCCCAUAAUAUUAAUACUAAUAACACUUCUUGUUUUGACCUAUCUUUAUCAUCAAAUGUACCAAGACCUAGUAGUAUAAUUAAUACUACUACUCAUCAAGAACCUAAUUAUUCUUCUAGCCAAUAUUUCCAGAACAACACAAAUUUCAUUAAUAACCCUUUUAUCCCUCAUCAUCAUCAUAAUCUUGGUUUGUUUAGACCUAUAAGUGGAGUUCCACUUUACAAUAAUCAUCAAAACCCUUCUAAUACAUUAUCUAUACAAUCUUCUCCUAGUUCUUUUGAUAAUUAUAAUAUUAACCCUAUUUCUUCAUCAAAUAGCCACUUUCAUCACUCCCAUAAUCAUCAUCAAAAUGGGCUAAUGAGAUCAAGAUUUUUUUCAAGAUUUCCAACUAAAAGGAGUAUGAGAGCUCCAAGAAUGAGAUGGACAAGUACCCUUCAUGCUCGUUUUGUUCAUGCUGUUAAACUCUUGGGUGGACAUAAAAGAGCAACACCCAAGUUAGUUCUUGAGCUUAUGGAUGUGAAAGAUCUCACUUUGGCUCAUGUUAAAUCCCAUUUACAGAUGUAUCGAACGGUAAAAACAACUGAUAAAUCAGCAGCAGGAGCCGCUUCUUCAGGCCAAUCAGAGGUGUCUGAUAAUGUGUCAUCUGGAGAUAAUUCUGAUGAUUUAGUGCUUGAAAUUCGAAAUUCAAACAAGUCUGAAUUAUCAAUUCAACAAGGAAGACAAAAUCUGUAUAAUCAAGAAAAAGAUUAUGGUGGUCUUUGGAGUAACUCUUCAAGCAGGGAAAGUUGGCAGCUGCAUGGGAAACUAGGAGAUUAUCCAGGAAAUUUACCUUCUUUAGAGAAAAACAUGGAAGCAAAAUGCACAAGCAAUGAAGGAAUAUCAACAGAAGUGAGUUCAUCAAGCAUAACACAAGCAAGUCCAAAGAAGCCUAAUUUGGAAUUCACUUUAGGAAUUCCUAAUAUUUCAUAGUAAUAAAAAAAGGCAAAAAUAUAUAUUAUAGUUUUUGCAUGGAACAAAAAAGUAGUACUCAUUUUGAAAUCAUUAGUAAAAAGAAAAAAAAAAGGAAAAAAGUGAUGGAAAAGAAGACAAGAAGACAAGAUAAAGCAAGAAAAAAAGAAGGGAGGGAAAAAAAAGUGCAUUUUCCUUUUUCCACUUAUAUAAUAUUCUUGUGAUGAUUUCCAAAUCAAAAAUAGUACAUUAUUAAAUUGUUCCUUUUGUUUUUUUCUUGCAAAAUUGGAAGAGAAAAAAAAAAGUACUUGAUUUUAGUUAUUUUUAUAGGAGAAAUAUUAAUCACUA